AUGUCGGACGUUCAGGACCUUCUCGAGAUCCCCAAGGACUUCAUUAAGGAUGGCACCCAGUUCAUGACGCGGUGUACUAAGCCGGACAAGCGCGAAUUCAUACAAAUCUCCAAGGCCGUCGGUGUUGGUUUCUUGGUCAUGGGUGCCAUCGGCUAUCUAAUAAAAUUAAUUCAUAUCCCCGUCAACAACAUUCUAGUCGGUGCCGCGUAA